CUCGUUCCACUUUGGUAUACAGGUUGAUACUUUGCAAAAUGGUUCAGUCUCACGGGGGUACAGGGAACGAGUUGAGACAGCGCAAUGUUGACGCGUCUGCAAAGCCACUGACAACCACAGAUGAGGGCCGCAAAGUGGACCAAUUACUCGACGAGCAUCAGACGUAUGAAUUUGGUGGACCUGCAGGAGUGACUGCAAUGAUGGUCGGCUUCCCCAUGCUCAUGUAUUAUCUCUGGAUCUGCUUGUGGUUUUAUGACGGUAAACUUGUGUACCCCGCAUCAUCCGAGGACAUUGUUCCGUUCCUUGGGAGGAUGUGGGCACAUAUUCGCGACGACGCAAGCCCCAAUGCAUACGCUUGGAAAGUCUAUACCGGUCUUGUGGUUUAUCAGCUCUUCCUAGCAUUAGUCAUGCCAGGGUACAAACAAGAAGGUCUUCCUGUACCUUCUCUUGGGUACAAGACCCUCAUGUAUAACUGCAAUGCGCUCUACUCUCUCUACGCAACCAUGCUAACUGCUGCUGCUCUGCACUACUACCAUAUUUUCCGUCUCACCGAAAUUAUCGACAAUUAUGGCCACAUCAUGUCCGUCGCCAUGAUCUACGGUUUCGCUGUGUCCUUCGGCAUGUAUUUCAUUACAGUUGCAGCCGGGAACGAGAUCCGCAUGUCUGGGAACUUGAUCUAUGACGUCUUCAUGGGUGCUUGUUUGAACCCCCGUAUCGGCUCUGUUGAUCUGAAGAUGUGGGCCGAGGUCCGGAUUCCUUGGGUAAUCGUUUUCUUCUUGGCCGUGUCCGGAGGUUGCCACCAGUAUGAACAGUAUGGUUAUGUCACCCCCAACAUGGCAUUCAUGAUCCUUGCAACAUGGCUCUACCUUAAUGCAUGCGCGAAGGGCGAAGAGUGUAUCCCCCAAACGUGGGAUAUGUAUCACGAGAAAUGGGGCUUCAUGGUCAUCUUCUGGAACUUUGCUGGCGUUCCCUUCACAUAUGUAUACUCUGUGGUAUACAUGGCAUCGCACCAUCCCUCUAACUAUCAAUUCUCUACACCUACAUACGUCAUUCUUUUCGUCAUUCUACUGACAGCAUACUGCAUUUGGGAUACCUCAAUGUCACAAAAGAGUCGCUUCAAAAUGCAAACACAGGGCAUCACAACUUUCCGCAACACAUUCCCGCAACUUCCGGGGGGGACCCUCAAGAAUCCCGAGUUUAUCCAGACAGCGCAUGGAAACCGCCUUCUCAUCAGUGGCUGGUGGAGAUACUCUCGCAAACCUAACUAUGUUGCUGACUGGACCAUGAGCUUCUGCUGGGGUGCUGUUAUUGGAAGUGCAACCAUCAUCCCUUACUUCUACUCCGUUUUCUUCAUCACAGUACUCAUCCAUCGCUGCGGACGUGACUUUGAACGUUGCUCAAUCAAGUACGGUAAAGACUGGGAGCAUUAUUGUUCCGUUGUUAAAUACAAAUUUAUACCCGGGAUCUACUAAUCUAGCAAGCUUUCGUCCAUUGAUACCUGUUUCUAAUUUAAUACCUUGGAUACCACGAAUAUUUUUG